GAAAUCAUGAUGCGGGGUUUACACCCUUCUAAUGCAGGGGAACUCCCUAUGACCCGGAAUAUGCCAUUUUCUACAAAAACCAUGCCUAGCAAGACACACAACCGCAAUAUGACUGGAAUCUAUUUAGGUCUUGAAGGCAACAUUAAACCUCCAGCUUCAAGAUCACCAAAUGUCCCAGUCAUAGCCCGGGGGAGAGGGAUGUCCCAGAGGAUCAGAACCCCAACAGAGCAGAGACGAUAUAAAAUGGUGGAACAGUUACGCAUUAAAGAAGAGAAGAGGGGAUUUGUAGGACAACCACUCAAGAGUGCUAGGAGGUCACAUUCAGCCUUUGACCCAGAGGAGAGGAGGAAAGCCGUGGGGGCUCCCGAGAUUCUCCCCCCAGCAGAUAUAAGCCCGAGGACUGCCGCAGCCAGAAAAUGGGGCCCAGGAAAGGCAGUGGACAGGAACCAUUUUUAUGACCUGAUCAAAACGAAUCCCCGCAACUAUACAGUGGUGGUAAAUAAUGGAGUGACACGAUCAGAAAACCUGUCUGGACUGAUGAGUUUUUCCAUGGAUCAUCCGGACGGUAUCCCGCAAAUGGUGGACACUCUCGCUGAAGAGGUCAACAGAAUCUCAGCAAAAGAAGAGGAGGCAGUAGGCCUGGAGGAAUGUUUCAAGAAAGUCUGCAAGGGUAAUGUGGAAUCCCUCCAGUCUUUAUUUCCGUACAGGAAACAACAUUCUAGUCUCCAAAGGGAACCAUCCCAAUUCAGCACAGGAUUUACCGUCAGGAGUUAUAGAAAUCCAAACCAAGCAGAAAUCAUGGCCAACUUUUCUGAGGGUAAUUCACAGCGUCCCCGCACAGUGCCUGUCGACUCUACACAUAAUCGCCCGAUUGUUCCUAGUCCAUAUUUCUUCCGUCACUAUAACAACCCUUACAAUAAGCUUAAUACUAGUGCCUCUAGUGCCAAGUCUCGCAAGUCUGCUCCCUCUCACAUCAAUUUUGAUGGUCAGUUAUCCUCAGUUCCUGGAACAUCACGCAUGGCUGCACUUCCUGGCGCAGGUGCCCUGUCACGGUCCCUGAAAUCUCGAUCUGCGGCCUGGAGUGAAAGUGACUUCAAGCUUCACGGAAAGCUACACGGUACUCCGAGAGAAAUUCUGCCAAGACCAGAAGAGAAUAGUGUUAUGGAGUCUGUGGUUAGAGAAGGAGGAAAACAAGUACAGAUCUCAAUGAAACUAAGCACAGGUCAGGAAUCUGGAAACCCCCCAGACCAAACGAACCCACCCAGCAAAAUGAUGGACACCAUGGAUAAGACGUCGGCCAAAGAGAAGAAGGACAACUUUGAGAUCGAGGUUGCUGACGAGCACGGCAAAGCAGGGCAGGUGGAGAUUGAUUCUCCCGAGGAGGAACUUCAAGAACCCACGCCCAUUAAAGGCAAUGUCCGUAAGACUUCAAUAAGUGAGAAAGUGGAAAGGACGAGAAUGUCUCAAGCCUACAUAGAAACCAUCAAGGAAAAUGCUGAAAAGAGGAAAAAGCAAUUUGAACAGAUGCUGGACGAGCAUGCAGAAAUAGUUCAGGAAAUUGGAAAAGCGGGGAGCAGGGAGGAUUUAGAGGACCAGAGAGACCAUUGAACCCUCCCAGCAUCUAUCCCCACCCCUCAAUCAAACCACUGUGGCAAUGAACAACUUGGAAGACAGCAUGCUAUAUUAAACACAUGUUAUUUUUUAAGGGAUCACAUUUAGUGGUUUUUUGUGAUAGAAAUGGCCAUCUGAUAUAGAGGCUUCGUCAUAGAGGUGAUUGUCAAACAAGAAAAAGACCAUCAUUUGCAGUUAUUUGUAAACUUUAUUUAGACUCUGUCAUUAACUGAGCGGAAAGGAAACUGCCAUUAGAUAUCAUCUACUCCAUUUUGUCUUCCAGACAACAGUUGCUAGGAGACAGAACACUGUGAUAAUUUUAUCGCCAUGAUGACAGAUUAUGUCACCAUGGUGACAAGUUGUAAUUAUUGAUAUAAACGUCUUUAGUUUUCAACAUUCAGAGAUGGCCAAGAAUCUCAUCGGAUAUUCAUUAUUAACUUAAGAAAAGUAUUUUUGGCCAUUGCUUCAUUUAUGUUGCAGGAUGUCUGCAGCGAUUCUUAGAAGUCUGUCUUGGGUCUGAAUUCAUAGAAGUGCAAUUUCAUCUUUUUGUAAGGAGUUUUUCUGAAAUGUUAACAGCUAUUAUAUUCUGUUUGCAUUCAAUCUGUCGAAACAAAACCAUUAAGAAAUUCACCAAAAGACAAAAACUAUUUUUAGAGUUGAUUCUAGCAACCUCAAUGGUUUUGUUGUAUUAGAAUACAUUG